CGGGACAUAGGGAAUAUUCCCAAUAUUGUCUUAAAUAUUGAAAAGACAUCCUCAACACACAGAAACUCAGUUCAGGUGAUUUUUUAUUUUAUUCCCUCACUGAGAACAGGAAAAAAGGAGAAAGAUUUCAUCCACUGUGAGUUUUUUUUUUUUUUUUUACUUUAAAUUUCUUUAAAUUUUUGCUUUCCUAAACAACCCACUGAGGAGUCAUGUUUUGAAACAUCAACCUUUUUUUUUUGUAAUAUCCAACUAAGAAUUGAAACUUCACAGCAGAAUCAAGAAAUGGCGUUAUCAGAGAAUGAGUUUGACAUGAAGGGAAGCAGCAUUAUAAAGGAGUGGACUGGACAAGUCCAACCAGCUCUCAUGAUUUCCUUCAUUUUUCUCUUCUGCCUGGAGGCUUGUCUGUGGAUGCGCAACCUUGCCCUCAAAAAAAGGCUGCCAGGGCCCUUUGCAUGGCCGUUAGUAGGCAAUGCCAUGCAACUAGGCCAGAUGCCCCACAUUACCUUCUCCAGGCUUGCAAAGAAAUAUGGCAAUGUCUACCAGAUCCGACUGGGCUGCAAUGACAUAGUGGUGCUAAAUGGAUACACAGCCAUACGACAAGCUCUCAUACAACAUGGCACAGAGUUUGCAGGACGACCAAACUUUGUCUCCUUUCAAAAUAUAUCAGGUGGGAAAAGUAUGGCAUUCAGCAGUUACAGCGAACAAUGGAAAGCACAUCGGAGAAUAGCUCAAUCUACAUUGAGGGCUUUCUCAUCUGCAAACAGGCAGACCAGGAAGGCCUUUGAAAAACAUAUUGUGGCAGAGACCAUGGAUAUGGUUCAGAGCUUUCUUGCACUGAGUGCUGAUAGAUGUUAUUUCAAUCCAGCACAUGAAUUGAAAGUUGCUGCUGCUAACGUCAUUUGUGCUCUUUGCUUUGGAAAGCGUUACGGGCAUGAUGACCCAGAGUUCAGGGCACUUCUGGGCAGGGUAGAUAAGUUUGGAGAGACGGUUGGCGCUGGGAGCUUGAUAGAUGUCAUGCCUUGGCUUCAGUCUUUCCCGAACCCGGUGCGAAGUGUUUACCAGAACUUCAAGAAUAUCAAUAAGGAGUUCUUUGCUUAUGUGAAAGACAAAGUAGUCCAGCACAGAGACACAUAUGACCCCGAUGUAACCCGAGACAUAAGUGAUGCAAUCAUUAGUGUGAUUGAACAUGGAAAAAAUCAUAUGUUGACUAAAGACUUUGUGGAGGGAACUGUGACAGAUCUCAUUGGAGCAGGGCAGGAUACUGUAUCUACAGUUAUGCAAUGGAUGUUGCUGCUCUUAGUGAAGUACCCAGCCAUGCAGACCAAACUCCAGGAGCAGAUUGAUAAAGCGGUUGGCCGUGACAGACUGCCUUCAAUGGAGGACAAGAUCAACUUGGCCUACCUGGAUGCUUUCAUCUAUGAGACUAUGCGCUACACCAGCUUUGUGCCUGUCACAAUCCCCCACUCCACCACCACAGACGUCACCAUAGAAGGCUUCCACAUCCCCAAAGAUACAGUGGUAUUCAUCAACCAGUGGUCUGUGAACCAUGACCCACAGAAGUGGCAAGACCCCCACAUCUUCAAUCCAUCAAGAUUCCUGGAUGAAAAUGGAGCCCUUAACAAAGACCUGACUAGCAGUGUAAUGAUCUUUUCCACAGGGAAGAGGAGAUGUAUUGGUGACCAGAUUGCAAAAACGGAGAUCUUCCUGUUCUUGGCCAUUCUGCUGCAUCAGUGCACAUUUAAAAGUAACCCCUCUCAAACUCUCACUAUGGAGUGCUCAUAUGGGUUAGCAUUAAAGCCUGUCGCAUUUACAGUUACAGCCAAGCUAAGAGGGAAACUCCUUGACCUUGUGUCACCAGCAUAAAUUAAAGGAUGACUUAACUUUUUUAAUGUUUUAAACUGAACAAAGACUAAUUCAUUUUUAAAUAACCUUUAUAUAACAGUGAGUAAUAAUAAACAAGCGCUGAAUGCUGUUGUAUAUUUAAUAUUUAAUGAAUAUUUACACAUUUUUAGGAAGGUGAAUAUUAGAUCAAUGGAAUAAGCCAUUGUAAUGUCUUCAUCUUAUUUCUGGCUAUAUAGUAAAACAAAUGGCAUAACAUUUUACAUUCUGUAUUCAUAAUUCUGUGUCUAAACAAUAUAAGCUAUAGGAAUAUUUUUUAUCAAGAAAUGCAAAAUUGUAACCAUUAAAGUACAAAGUACAAUGUUACCUAUUGUUGAUUUUUAGAAAACUUCUUUGAUAGCUUAAGUUUUCUCUUUUUGAUUUACUGUAUGUGAUUUGAAGAAAAUACUGUGUAUGUAUAUAAUUUACCCAAACUUGUAUAAAACAUAAAUUAUGGGUCCUCAUUACUGAUACAUUUCAGGUAUUUUAAAUAUCAAUCAUACAUCUUAUAUGUAAAGCCAUCUACUGUAUCCAGAUAAAUAAAUAGUGUGACAAUG